UAAUUCCAAUUGGAUUAUAAAAUUUACAUACAGUCAACUAUAGUCCAAAUGUGCUCACGUUUUUUUUAAGUUUUUGAUUAAUUUGUUUAACUGUAGUGGAGAGAACAGUGCUUACAGCAAUACAUACGCUAAUGCACAAUAUAUGUAUUUAGCAAAGUUAACCUCAAGUUACAGCCUGAAAGAGCGUGCAAGCGAGACAAAGAGAAAGCGAGGCGACUAAACUGAACAAACGUAUGAGCGUGGCGGCCAUGGUGAAGAAGCGUCAAGGAGACGCAUAUGAGACUGCUGGCGGCGGCAGCUCCACAGACUCUGGCGAGGAGCAGCAGCUGACCAAUGGCCAUGGACACGCCAGCGGCAACAAUUGCUGUCAGCAUAUAAAAAAGUCUGUGGACACGGCGCGCCUGCGACGUCAAUUGAAGACUACGGGCCUGCUCUAUGACUGCCCGCAAUGCCAGAAGCUAAACGUGCAGCAGCCCAUAGCAGCGGGUGAGGCAACAACGACGGGCGAGUGUGAAAUUGAUAAUGCGCUCUGGCUGUGUCUCAAGUGUGGCACACAGCUGUGCGGACGCAGCUGCAACAAGCACGCACUGCAGCAUCAUGAGACUCCACACUCGGACUUGCAUGCGUUGGCAUUGAAUACGCGCAGCUUUAAGAUCUGGUGCUAUGCCUGCGAUGCUGAGAUUAGCCCCAAUUCGCGCAAGAAUCUAUUGGAAUGCGUUGAGCUUGUCAAGCGCUUGGCCCAAAAGCCACCCACAGCAGCGGCCAUAGCACAGGUGGACACGCGGCCGCAAGCCAUUGCCGACAUAGAGCAGAAGCUGAAGAACACCAUCGAGCAACUCGGCGCCAUGAUGCCGAGCGCAUUGCCAGCUGUUAUUCCGCUGCCGCCACCACCACCACAUGCAACAUCGCCAUCGCCAUCGACAAUGACUGCCAGCAAUGUGCCUGGCAUGGCUAAACGCAUUAGCGGCACUGCGGCUGGCGCAGCCACUACGUCCAUAGCCAGUGCUAUUAACAAUGCCAGCUCGGAGCUGGAGCGUUUGCCACGCGUGCGUGGCCUAACCAAUCUGGGCAACACUUGUUUCUUCAAUGCCGUCAUGCAGUGCUUGGCUCAGACACCAUUUUUGCUCGAAGUGCUCAAGGAACUCGCCGAGCCCGGCGAGCAAUUUGUGCUGCCCGGUGGCACAUUUAAUUUCAAAGACAAGGGCGACAUCGAGCUGCCCAUGAUCAAGGGCACGCUUUCAUCGUGGGGUAAUCUUACCUCAUCAUUGGCACAGGCCUUGGAGGAGCUGCAGUCCGGUGGCGGCGUCUUUACGCCCAGCAAGCUCUUCGACAGGCUCUGCAGCAAGUGUCCACAAUUUACGGGCGGUGAUCAGCAUGAUUCGCAUGAGCUGCUGCGUCAAAUGCUGGAGAGUGUGCGCUCCGAGGAUCUCAAGCGUUAUCAGCGUGUCAUUUUGCAAAACUUGGGCUACAAGGAUCAGGAUAUUAACAGCGUGUCGGAGGAGCUGCGUCAAAAGUGCAAAAUCUAUGGCAACCAAGCGGCCGAUCGCAUUUUACGUCCCGAGCAAGUGUUUCGCGGCUUCUUGGUAUCCACAUUGACUUGCCAGGAUUGCUAUAACAUCUCAUCGCGGCAUGAAUAUUUCCUAGACAUGUCGCUGCCUGUGGCCGUGGAGAAGCCGCAGCCGCCGCAGCGCAGUGGACAUAGGGGCAGUCCCGAUCAAUCGCCGCGUGAUCAGUCUGAGCUAGCGGCGUCCUCAUCAACGCCAUUCUAUUUGCACCAUCCAGACGCUGCUACAGCCACGGCCGAGCCGUCGCCCACCAAAUCCCAGCUGAAGAAGGAGAAGCAACGCACGCGCAAAUGCAAACGCGCCGCUCGCCAUCAGCGCACCAAACAGGAACAGCAACUGAAGCUUGGUCUGGAUGAAACGGAAACGGGCAGCAGCAAUGCAGGACACAAUGGCGGCGGCGGCGGUGAUGGUGAUGGCGAAGGCGAUGCUGAAGUUGCAAAUGGGGGUGGCAUCACCACAUCUGAUUUGCUGCCAGGCAAGCGAGCUUGGGGUGAGGGACAACGUGCGGAUACCAUGUCGCUCAGCGCCACCACCUCCGAGCAUUCGGAUGCCGAUGUGGAGGAUAAUCUUACGGAAGAUGGCACUACCAAAUGCAAAGGCAAAUUCUAUACGGACAGCAAUGGCAAUGCGCAGCCGCUGGGCGAGAAGCGUGAUGAUGUGCCCGAGCAUUUGGACAAGGAUUCCCUGGAGGAGGAUGAGAAUGACUCUGGCAUAGCGACCAGCCCCGCGCCCACAGCAAGCAGCACAAGCAACAACAACAGCAGCAGCAACAGCAAUGUAAAUGGCAAUGGCACACGCUCGGAGUCGAGCACUACGGUCGGCAGCUUGGUGAGCCCUGGACUCAGCGAAAAGGGCGCCUCGCUUAUACGCCAGCUGUCGAUUGGAGCCAUCGAGCAGGCGGCGGCGCAGGAGACAGCGGCAGCAGCAGCUAAACCUGCGCCGCAGCGACGCGUGCGCACCCAAAGCUAUUCGGAUUGGAGCACCACCAUAGCGCCACGUUAUCAGUGCGAGGUGGGCGAGUGCUCGGUGCCAUCGUGUCUGAAUAACUUUACCGCCGUGGAGCUAAUGACGGGACAGAACAAGGUCGGUUGCGAGAGCUGCACACGGCGCAUCAAUGGACCCGAUCCGCAGGCCAAGUCGGUGAAUACGAAUGCCACCAAACAGCUGCUGGUGUCCAGCCCGCCAGCGGUGCUGAUAUUGCAUUUGAAGCGUUUCCAAAUCUGGCCACGCUGCACGUUCCGCAAGCUGACGCGGCAGGUGAGCUAUCCCAAUCUGUUGGACAUUGCCGCCUUUUGCGGUUCCAAGGUGAAGAAUCUGCCCAACAUUGAUCGCAAGCAAAAGAAGCUGCUCUAUGCGCUUUAUGGUGUGGUGGAGCACUCGGGUGGUCUCUAUGGCGGCCACUAUACGGCGUACGUGAAGGUGCGCGCCAAGCUGACACCGGAUGAUAAGCGUUGGAAGUUCUUGCCGCAUGGCAGCAAAGCCGAAUUGGAUCAGGAUGAUGAGCAGCUCAAGAAGCUGGAAGAGCUGCUGGCCAAGGAGAAGGCACGCGAGCUGCGCAUGGAUGCCAUGGAUGAUAGCGAUGAUUUGACCAAUUCCAGCAGCAAUGCUUCCACCUCAGAUGAGGGCUCAGUUGGUUCGCCCGCCACCGGAGACGAUGAAGCUGCGCAGUCAUCCACGGCAACGGCCAACGACGAAGCCUCCAACGUGCAGGCACCACCAGGUAAAUGGUAUUACGUCUCGGAUUCGCGUGUCCAGGAGGUUAGUGAGGAAACAGCGCUUAAGGCUCAAGCCUAUCUGCUCUUCUACGAGCGCAUCUACUAAAUCAAAAACACAGAAAGAAAAACCAAUUAACAGCCGAUUAUCGAUAAAGAAGAGUGCAGCAGCUCAAGCUCAACGAAGUUUUCCGGCGGCUUCCAAACAGAGUUCCAUUAGCCUAGCAUAUUAAUUUCCAACACACAACACAAAGAAACAAGUUUCAUUUUGUAAUUGACAUUUCAAGUGUUUUUAAUUUGUGCUUCCUCUUUCAUAAUCAAUUAUGCAUUUGAACUUAAUGAUAAUGGACUGAAAUUACACUAACAAAAAAAAAGACGAAGAAUCAAACAAACAAACAGCACGUCGAUAUUUAGUUAUCGAUGUCUUGCUCAGCUCCGAUGCCCAUGCCCGAUGCUAAGCUGAUAAUGACACAUUGACUUUUAAUGGAUUAUUAAAUUUUUGCUUGUUUAUAUUGUAUUUAAAUAAAAGCAAACAAUGUAAGUGCUCUUGUGUUAGCAUACAAUUUUAAACUAAUA